AUGUUAUUUUCUUCUUACACUAUCGUCGUUUUUACGUUUGUCUGUAUCGUAGUUGGCAAAUCAAAUGAGAAUUAUUCGCCAGUUCCAUUACGAUUGGAUCAAGCUAUUGCACAAAUUCAGCUUACACAAAAGUUUCCUUCUCAAAACCUAAAUUUUAACUUCAAUGAAAAUCUAUUCUCAUCGAAUGCAUGGGCUAUUAAUGCCAAUAUUAACAAUUCAAGUCAAUGCAGUCAAGAGUUCGAAGCUCUUUUGAAUGGAACUCUACAACAAGAAAUGUGGGCUAUGAAGUUCGUAGAUGCAUGGGGCAAACCUCUUCCAUCAGGUGUUCUUACUGGAAAUACGUAUUGGGUAGGCAACUAUGAUGAAUGUCUUAAUCCACUUUAUCAAGUUGCUGAUAAAUCAUUCCUUCAACAACCUUUUGAUUCUCAGUACUGUGCUUUCUCUCCGCAGUCGGGAGAAGGUGGAUCACACGCAGUUAACUUAGUCAUCGGUCUUUGUUUUCCAAAAUCAUGUUCGAAACAAGAAAUCGCUAUGAUCGUCAACAAAGUACAACCACAGAGUAACUUUACUGAUAAAAAUUUUGUUUGUUCAACUGAACGACGGCCAUUUUCUGCUGGACCUGUAAUAACUGUGAUAGUUUUAACACUUCUGUGCUCUCUUCUAUUAGUGGGCACAGUCGUCGAUCUUGUACUGGCUCAUAAUAUUGACUGUGUCUCUUCAAUUAGUGCACGUACAUGCCAUAAGAACCAAGUAUUUGAGUUAGCAUCAUCAUCAUCAACAACUUCUCAAUCGCAUCUCUCUCUUACCAAACAAACGCCGAUCAAUGAAACAAUUCACUCAUCGCGUGUACCUUUUUUAGUGGAAUUCUCAAUUAUACGUACUCUUCAAAAAAUCUUCAGCGUACCUAAGACUGAAGACAAAGCUAAUUAUACUUUUCUGAAUGGAAUGCGAGUGUUAGCUCUCAUUUGGAUUAUUCUUGGUCAUUCACUUCUGUAUGGACGUGCCUCUAGUAACAAUACACUUGAAGUGCUUUCGUGGACGAAAAGUUUUGCUUUUGUAUUUGUCACUAAUUCUUCCUUCAGUGUGGACACAUUUUUUACAUUGAGUGGUUUUCUCACAGCCAUCCUAUUCAUCAGACAAGUCGAGAAGAAUACGUCGAAAGGUGAACCAGAAUUUAGUGUGCACACCUUUAUUAUGUACUAUCUACAUCGUUACCUUCGACUCACUCCCGCAUUUAUGCUAGUUGUCUUGGUGAGCUUUAAUCUUACACCAUACUUUGGCCGUGGACCAUUCUUUCCAUCUAUACACGGUUUUGAACCGAAUGGUUGUUCACAAUACUGGUGGACAAACAUGCUCUAUUUGAAUAAUUUGAUCAAACCACAAGAAAUGUGUUUAGGUGUUUCUUGGUAUUUAGCUAAUGAUAUGCAAUUUCACUGGAUUGCUCCUUUGGCUCUUGUUCCAUUUGCAUUGAAACGAAAACGGAUUGCUUUUCUUGUAGUUAGCCUUUUCAUUCUAAUUAGUGUCAUCAGUACAGCAGCCAUUUUAAUUGCUAAUCCAAAGAUGAGUGGUAGUGCGGGUGGUUUAUCGGUUAAAAUUAUAAAAGGAUCUUAUUUUCAACCACCUAUUGAUACACACCUUAUUGGUACAUUAAUCAAUAUUCCAUCGGUAAAAAAAUUUGCUUUUAUAUGUGAACGUCAUAAUAUUUGUCGUACAGCAGAUUAUAAUAUAACAACCAAAACCUGUCGUCUAUUUGAAACAGUUACAUCAGCAGGUGCAUUUGUAGCUGAUCUAACAACAAAUAUUCUUCCAUUCAAUUAUUGUACAGAUGAUCAACAGAUUGAACCUUAUUAUGUUUGUACUCGAACAAAUACAUUCACUAUGCAACAGAUAUUCGAUCAAUUGGCUUUAGCUUCUAACAUAAUACUUCCAUCAACUGAUCGAGGUGCUUAUGCAAAUAUGUAUGGUGUUUAUACAAGUAAUUCAACUGGAGGUUUAUCAUUUUUUACUUAUACUGGUAUAAGAAAUAAUCUUAUUCAACUUCAGGGUGAGAUUUCUAAUAUUAAUUCAGCAACUAAUAAUGGUCUUGGAAUUGUUCAAUAUUUUAAUAAUUCAUCCAGUAUUUACAAAAAUAUUGGUACAUCAUACCAACCACAACUUGUUUCAAUACUUAAUAUUUCAUCAUUAGUUUUACCUUAUUCAUGUUUGAUAACAUCACAUCUCAUAAGUAAUCGACCAGUUGUGAGUUAUUGGAAUGAUGCAGUUAUUGUUUUUGAUCAAUAUAUGGCUAUGGAAUAUACUUUGAAUGGUACCUAUAAAGGAAAUUUGCCUUAUUUUAAUGGUACAGCAAUAUUUGCUCGUCAUUGUAUUCAACAUGAUUAUGCAGGACGACGACAUAUGUGCAAUGGUAAUGAUUAUGGAUUAUUUCCUGGUAUAUAUACAUUUUUAAUGAAUGGAACACAACUUGCUCAUGGGCCAACAUCAUGUUAUAGAGGUUUGCAAGUUUAUAUUACAAAAGACCAGGCAAUACUUACCAACAUUCUGAUUACAGGUGCAGCAAUCAUGAACAUUAUUAACUUUUAA